GCACGUAAUGUAAUAUAACGCAUAUUCCGAAAUCCGAAUGCUGCGUUAUUAUUCUCGUAUUGUCACUUUGUGAAUUACAGUGAAUUGCUAUGGAGAUGAUGUAAUUCACAUCAUGCUGUUAUGUUUUCUUUGUCAUUAUCAUUAAUAAACAUGCUAUCUUUUUUCCGAAAGUUAUCAAUUGGCGGAAAGAUAAAGGAUGGUAUAUUGCCAGAGACAGUCAUGGGAACGGCAGAGGAUCUAUUGACGGUGAAGAAUCAAACGUUAAAGACGGAUAUCGAGUUAAAAGAAUCCGUUUACGAUUUAUUAAGGACAAUCAAGGAUCCUGAAAAACCACAAACUUUGGAGCAACUGGAUGUUGUAUACGAAGAUUGUAUAAAAGUUUGCCACAGCACACCAGGAGGGAUUUCUGUCAUUCGUGUGGAAUUUAAUCCUACAGUGCCUCAUUGUUCUUUGGCAACCCUCAUAGGAUUGUGCAUCCGCAUUAAAUUGGAACGUCAAUUAUCAGCGUCAUUUAAAUUAGAUAUCUAUAUUAAGAAAGGUGCACAUUCCACUGAACAAGAAAUUAAUAAACAAAUUAAUGAUAAGGAACGUAUAGCGGCUGCAAUGGAAAAUCCAAACUUACGGGAACUGGUGGAGAAAUGCAUACUAGAAGAGGAUUAUUAGUGUUGUGCGAUAAAGCAUGUACUAUUUACAUCAAAUAUUUUUCUGAAUACCUGAAAUAUAAUUUUAAUCUAGUUUAUAAUAAUCAUGUAAAUAAAUAAUGUAUUUUGUUUAUAUUGGCAUAUAAUUAAGUCCAACUCAUCUCGUGCAUAAGCGCGUAAUCAAAUUAUUUCAAUAGAGAUAUUACAAUCAUUGUAAAUCAAAUUUUUAUAACUUGAUAAUUGUAAUCUUGCAUUUUUCAUAAAGAUGCAUAAGUGUAUACCUAUCUAAUCGUAUAGAC